AUGGGCACCUUGGGCAACCAGUUCAUCCUGUCGCGGGAGCGUCGUCGCUUCGGUCGCCAGUGCCUCUUCACGGACCGCAACGAGAUGAUCCUGAGUGUGCAGCCCAGUGGCCGUCUGCGGCUCAAGUACAUCCUGCGCAAUCCGAUACACGAGAAGACCCAGCUCAGCGAGCAAUAUGCCGUGUCUUCCGUAUUAACCCACAAUGUGACCUUGGAUUCGCGCGGAAUGAAUCACUUUGAGGGCGGUUGGAAUGUCAAGGAGGUGAAUGUUGCCGACGAGGAGUCCACUCUGCGCUAUCGCAAGAAGGUGGAGCGUGACGACUCCUGGGGCGUCGAGGUGAACAAGCUGAUGCACGACGUCAUACAGAUCAGUUCGGCCAAUAAUGCAAUUAAUAUCUAUGAAGAUUUCUUUUUGGAUUUGCCCGAGGAUCUGGGUAAGGGGAUUAGCAUGAAAAUAGCGGCCCGUGGAACCCACGUUUUUCAUGACCUCUGGAUUCCAUCGCGUCGGUUGCUUAUGUGCGAAUGGUUGAACUCGGAUCCCUCGCAGUUUCUACUGACUUUCUCCAACCGCAAGAGUUUGGAACCGGACUAUAAGAAACAACUGAAUACUUUGCCUGACUUUGGUAAUGAUAAUCCCAACUCGUUCUUCAUCUGGAACCUGGACGAUGCCACCCGACCGGUGGCCUUUUACGAUUCGGAAAGAGUCCUGACCAUUGGCAAAAUGUGCAUGCGGGAUGAGAGCUACAUGGUGGGUGGCUUCCAGGAGGGUCAGGUGGGCUUCUGGCUAACGGAGAGCAUGGGCGGACCGAAGAGGGUGUGCCCCCUGGAGGCGUGCCAUCGCGAGGCGACCUCUGCCCUCUGCUGGGUUCACUCCAAACUCAACACCGAGUUCUAUUCGGGAUCGCUAGAUGGUUCGGUGAAGUACUGGGAUACCAGGGAUCUGCUGAUGCCCGUGAAUGAGGUCCUGGCUGAACCGAAUCCCCAGCAAGUGCAGAAUCGGCAGGAUGCACAUGGUGUGACUGUCCUGGAAUUCGAGUACACCAUCCCAGUUCGCUAUAUCUUCUGCACCGAUAUGGGCUGCGUUUUUGUUGGGAAUCGCAAGGGACUCACCCCACAGGAGACCAUCGUUGGGGUCUAUAAACUAUUCGCCGGUCCCAUUCGCUGUGUGAUGCGGAAUCCUUUCUUCGUGAAGAACUUCCUCAUCGUUGGAGAUUGGAGGGUUCGCAUUUGGUCGGAGGAGGUGAAGAAUUGCCCUAGUACCUUCUAUUUUCGUCGGCCCAAUCAGGUGAUCAGUGGAGCCUGGAGCACCGGUCGCUGUUCGUUGUUCUGCAUCGGUGACGAUAAGGGCAAUCUGGAGUUCUGGGACCUCCUCAUGUCGCACAAGCGUCCCAUCAUGACCAUCAAAUACAAGCAUAAUGUAACACAUUUGGUCUUCAAACCCGAUGGUUCCAUGCUCGCCGUGAGUCUGUCGAAUGGCGAUGUUUUCAUGCUCCGACUGGAGGAGGGAAUGCGAAGUGCCACCGUGAAGGAGAAGUCACUCAUGAUGUCGAUGUUCGAACGCGAAAUAUCGCGCUGUAAGCUUCUAGAAGCCCGCGAGGAGGAGAUCAAGCUGAAGAAGCGCCUGACCUCCAUUUUUAUCGAAGAGGAACGCAAGUCCAAGGAGAAGUUGGAGGCCAAGAAAAAGAAGGCCCAGGCGAAGAAGGAGCAAGAGCCGAAGGCGGAGGACGAGGCCACCAUUUUCCUCAGGAUGAUCGAAAGCGAUUUCGAGUUCAGCCAGGCUCUGCUGGAGUUCAACGAGACCAUUGAAAGUAUCGCCGCUAAGCGAGCCAAGCGGGUCUUCAACAUGGAACACACCGUCUUUGAAACGGGUCAAGCCUAA